GUCGUCCUUCAUCACCUUAGUUUGGGCAAAGCUACCUCUUUCACCUCCUACGCCAAUCCACCCACCUGCUUAGAUCCAAAAGCAGAAGCUUCCGUCCGAGAGAACUUUCCUUGCUUCAGCGACGAGAUUUUUAUCGCAAAGCCUGCAUUUGCCUCCCUCCAUCUCCAAACUACACGUGCCUAUCCAGACCGCCCAAGAUGUAUCGCUUCGACCCCAACGAAGCAGACAUGUAUAAUUUCGCCCGCGGUGGACGCCGCCCCAUCAUUCAGCGAUUCGACGAAUACUACCGGUGCUAUCCCAUGGUCAUGGCUCCCGGACCCGAGCGACCCGACCUCAACUACGGAUCCAAGAUCUUCCUGCCUCCCUCCGCCCUGGACAAGGUCUCGAAGCUACACGUUCAGUGGCCGCUGCUUAUGGAGAUUAUCAAUGGCGAGAAGGGAAAACACUCGCAUGCCGGUGUGCUGGAGUUCGUCGCGGAGGAGGGCAGAGCCUACCUACCCCACUGGAUGAUGCAAACACUCUCGCUCGAUGUCGGCGAUAUGAUCCAGAUCAAGACCACCUCUCUCGAGCUUGCCAAACUCGUCAAGUUGCAGCCCCAAUCGACAAACUUUCUCGACAUCAGCGACCCCAAGGCGGUGCUGGAGAAGGCGUUCAGGAACUUUGCCGCUCUCACCAAAGGAGACAUAUUCAAUUUCGAGUACAAUGACGAAAUCUACCAUGUGGCGGUCCUCGAGGUCAAGCCUGAGACGGAAAAGAUGGGCGUUUGUAUGAUCGAGACGGAUGUUGAGGUCGACUUCGCCGCGCCAGUCGGCUACGUCGAGCCAGAGAAGCAGCAGAGGGGCAGUGGAACCAGCACACCCAGAAGCGUUCGUGGCGGUGUCCCGGCCGGUGGCCUGCUACACAGCCAGGGCUCCAUGGCCCAGUCCAUAAACUACAAUGCUAUCGCACCGUCAGCAACCGCGACUACCUCCAGAUUCUACGGCGAGGGACAGAAGCUCAGCAAGAAGGGCAGCAAGACCUCGACGCCGAAGCCCGCCACUCCCGUGACAGGCUCGUCGGCGAACGCGCCUGCUGUCGUGCCCCUCCCGCGCCGGACGAAUGGACCCAUGCCCCUACGCCUGCCGCCGAACAAGCUCUUCUUUGGCUACGAGAUCAAGCCCGUCAAGACCGACGCCGACAAGGAGCGAGAGAAGGAAGAAUCCAAUCGCCCUCAUUUCGCCGGUCAGGGCCAGACCCUGCGAGGCAAGCGCAAGGGCGAUGCCGAGGAGAAGGAGAAGGCGCCUGAGAAGAAGGGCCCUAGUGAAGGAAACAGACUUGACGGUCGUGGCCCGAAGCCCCGCGGCAUCGAGUAAUAUGUUUCGGAGAAUGAACCUCACACGGUUGGGUCGAUCAUAGGCGUUCGGGGACAGGCUGGGCAGUCAUUCAGGGCGCAUAGUUGUAAUUACGAGGGCACCAUUCGGGACAGUCGAACGGUGAUUAGAUCCCGGAUAUGAAGAAUGAUUUGAAAAGUAAUGCGAGUGUCUUACGAAUGAA